CAGUAGUUAAAGUGAGACAGAACUAGAGGAUUAGCACCAACACAGCUUUAAACGCGUUGCUCGACUGGUCGGUCUCUUUCGACUGUUCAGUUAAGUAAAGUUUGCGCUGGAGGUUGUUCGUUUCGUAAGACAUAUUCUCUCACUCACUCUCUCUCUCUCUCUUUCUCGCUAGAAGAAGAGACCAAUAAAAACCGCCACUUCGAAGGAAGGAGAUAGAAUUGAAUUAAGUAAAGAGAAUAUUCAUCGAUUUAAAUAAACGUGCAUGCAUAAGAAUCGUGGUUUUCGUCUCAUCGAAUAACGAGCCGACGAACCAUGGCAUCGUCAAAGAACGACAAUGCGGAAAGCGUGCAAUUCUUCGAAGGCGUAGAGAAGCUACUCGAGAUGUGGUUCACCAGUAAUAACGCUAAAAACAGACAAGUCGGUGAUCUUCGACAAAUUCCUCGGCAAAAAUGGGAAUCACUGCUGAAGAUCGUUCGAUGUGAAAUUAUCAGCUUUUGCCGAAAUGAUCAAAUAGAUGCCUAUGUACUCAGUGAAAGUAGUAUGUUCCUAUCAAAGCGCAGACUUAUCCUGAAGACAUGUGGUACAACAACACCUUUACAAUGUUUGGAACCUCUCCUUAAACUUGUUGAACAAUACACUGGUUUUGACGAAGUAGAGGAUCUCUUUUAUUCACGGAAAAAUUAUAAACGACCGGAAUUACAAAUUUCACCACAUCAAGCAUUCACAGAAGAAGUUACCUUACUCAAUACUUAUUUUCAUGAUGGAGAAGUCUAUUGUUUAGGAUCUACCGGCAACACAGACAGUUGGUAUUUAUACACUCUAAACAGAGAAAAGUCCUUACAAGAAAAAGUAGAACCAGAUCAAACACUAGAGAUUCUUAUGACUCAUUUAGAUCCUAAUGUAAUGGCCAUUUUUACACGAGAUGUGUGCUCUUCUGCUGCUGAAGCUACUCAAAAGUCAAGAAUCGAUAAACUCAUUCCUAAUAUGACUAUAGAUGAUUUUUUAUUUGAACCCUGUGGUUAUUCCAUGAAUGGUAUUUCCAAAAAUGGAAAUUAUAUGACCAUUCACAUCACACCAGAACCAGAGUUUUCUUAUGUUUCAUUUGAAAGUAACAUUCCUGAGGCUUCUUAUGAAGAUGUAAUACGACGUGUACUUAACACAUUUAAUCCUGGACAAUUUGUAAUAACUGUAUUUGCCAACAAGGAAUCUAUUGCUGCUGGUUAUCCACGUAAAUUGGAGCAAAAUGAUUAUUUGAAUUCCAUUGAAAAUUGGUUACGUACCAACGCACAAUAUCGUCGUUUCAAAAAUUAUGAUUUGACUUGUGCAUUUUAUUCAAGAUUCCCAAGCUGAGGGUUCAUGGACGCUUCAUUAGUCCCUGCAGUGACAGGCACAAAUGAAGCGCAAAUUCUUUCCUAUAUUAUUUCACCUAUUAAUUCUUCACCUGUACCACAACAUUCUUUAAAUCAUUUGGAAACUAGUAAUGAAUCUAUAAACUUAAUACCAAAAUUAUCAAAUUUCAACUCAAAAGGCAUUGCUGUAUCAGUUUCAUAUAUGACAGAAAAUAAUGAAAGAAAGAAUAGUGAGAGCACCAUUAAAAAUUGUGAGAUUACUCAGAAAAAUACCAUAUCCUCUUCCACAUUUGCUUAUCACUCUAUGCCAAUUGAUAAAAAAACUCAGAAAUCUCAAAUGACAUCUAUCAUGACAAAUUCAGGUAUAAGAUCUGAUGAUGACCAUUGUACCAAUUUUAAAAAAGCUAACAAUGCUCAGUGUUUUCGUUCUGUCUCAUCACCGCAAUUAACUUUUAAACCCUUAACACGUUCGAAGGUAUAUCGAAAAGCAUCUUUAAAAUCUUCCACAAAUAAAUCAAAUUUACAGUCUGAUCUCUCUACAUUUACAAUAGACAACUUUAAUGUUGUCUCUAAUAUACAAACAAUGAAUACCACUAACAACAGCAAAUGUAUCCUGUCGAAAGCAAAUAAGUAUAGAAAGACACCCGAAAAAUGUCCUAUCCAAGCUGAAACGCGUAGUGAAAAGUCUAAGGAAAACGAUAGCAGUAUUGCAAAUUCAAAAAACAAAUGGAAUAUCGAAGAUGUUCAUAUAACAUGUAAUCCAUUAUCAACACCAUACCCAUAUUCAACGCCUUGUCAAAAAACAGCAAGUGGAACAGUAAAAACAGAAACGCAAGACGAGGAACCAAAGAGUCGUAGCUGCGGAAGUUUCUUACCAAUCCUCUCGUUAAUUCCCCAAACAGUUAUUGGCUUUCAGUAUUUGAGCCCAAAAAUGAAGUUCUCUUGGUGGCGUAAUAAGAUAUCGUGAAGACACGCUUAAACGAUCGUUUGGCGCGAUGGCCGCUUAAAAAAAAUAGCGCGGCAAGUACGGUUUGAUGCCGAUCGGUCGAAAUAGCAGGACGACUACAAAAAGAAAACCUCUCUUACCUCGUAGCGAGUUCCCCAACUCUACUUCUUCUUCAUCAUCAAUUAGAGGAAUCCUGUUAACGUUACACUCGCAUGUCACCAAAUCUAUCACCCUUAAAACCGUUUAAAAUGAUGAUAAAUAGGGUCAUAGAGGAAAGCGCAUGCAGUUAGAAAUUAACGAGCAUCAUAAGAUGUAGUUAUUUAAUCAUGCUAUCAAGAAAGAAAGGAAAAAAUGAACACAGAAAGAAUGAAUGAACGGAGAAUGAGUAUAUGCGGAGAGAUGAGUGUUACGUAUGUAUAUGUAAGCAUGCGUGUGUAUGUAUGUGAGAGAGAAAGAAAAAUCAUUCACAAUAUUAUAUUUUUAGUUGUUGUUCGCUGAGUAGAGUCGUCUGUUGUAUUAUUUUGCAUGAUGCCGCUACAUUAUCUAUGAUGUUGAAUCUUCUAGUCCAAGAAGUAUUCUUUCUCUUUUUUUUUUUUUAGAUUGCAUCAACAUGUAUAGCAGUAAUUUGUUCUUUAAUAUUCUUUUUUAUCGAUAAACCAAUACGAAUAAAAUUUUUGUCCUGUACAACACACUAUUUGUAGUUUAUUUCGUUUAUGAUUUAUUUUUAAAAUAAAGAAGAAAGAUCAGAAGUACAUGAUACCCAGUACAAUAUAGAAAAAGAAAGUGAGAUUUGUUGUUGUUGCAAUGAUCUUCAUGAAAUUAUUUUUCCCUGAUAUUCCCUUUUCGUUAUAUUUCUUAAUCAAAUAAGUAAGAAUAAUAUACCGUAAGUAAAUUUUUGCCAUAAUUUGUUCUCUUUUCUUUCUUUUACAAAUAUGUGUUGUAAUCAAUUGCUCAUCUUACGUAUCACACCCAUUGUUCGCAAUCAACUUUUUAAUAAGAUUAUUACGAUAGUUAUAUUUCUAAACAAAAUACGUCUCGAAGAGAUGAUAUCCAAGGAAAACAUCAUAUUAGCGAAGAUAAAAAUAAUAAGCAGUAUGAUAGUGUA